AUGAGUGAGCGCGAUGGUCUUCUCGCCGUCGACGGCGUGGACGUGCCUCGCGCGGCCGCGGCAAACCGUUCGAGGACUGUCGAGUUCACGAAUGACGACGAGAGCGACUACGACCACCUUGGUGCUACCUCCGCUCGCGGGUUCGGCGAGCGACUCUUCGGCAGCAAAAAUUGGCGUUCACGCGCGUUUGUGAUCGUCCUAUUCGCUUGCCUUUGCGCCUUGGGCGCUUUGGCGACACUGCGAAUGAGCGGAGGAAAAGGGGUGACAGCGGCGCCGCGUCUGGGCGCCGCGGCUCCUCGAGCGAUCAACGCGCCAGGCCACAUCCCGGGUUUGGCCGAGCACGUGCAGGGUGUGACGCGAUCGACAAAGUUUAGAAUCAUAACGUUCUGCAACAAAUCGUACUGGGUUUUCGCGCACGGACUGCUGGAGUCGAUGAAGGCGGUGGCGCCUUCAGUGGUUGACUUUUGGACGGUGAUUGUUCCCGACGAAGAGACGAAAAAAUUCAUCCUUUCCGAGACCUCUGGUGCGGGUCACGCCGUGGACGUCUUCGUCGACGAUGAUCUUCGGAAGCAAGUGGCUAAAUUUGCGAGCGCGGGUAGGGACGAACUGAAGACGAUGCUUUCAUGGCGAAGGGUUCACGCGAUGCAAACGCUCGUGGACGGUGACUUCACCGUCAUGUUCAUCGAACCCGACGCUGUGUUCCAGAAGAACCCACUGCAGCUCAUUCACGAUCAGCUCACCCAGAACGAUAUCAUUCUGUCCGCGGACUACGGUCUUGGUUCGACGGCGCAAAAGCGCGCGAACACCAAGGUAAUCGUGGCGAAGCCGUCGGCCCAGGGAAAAAAGUUGCUCAACGUCUGGCAGCGCGCCGAGCAGUCGUACACUGGCCAAAAAGCAGAGGCGGGAUUUUUCCUCGACCAAGUCGUCCCGCACAUCGACGUGCUCACGGCCAAGGUCAAGGUGCUGGAUCAAACGCUCGUCGGGAACUACUUGACGCAUCACGAAAAGGCUGGGCAAGUCAUCGUUACGGGCACCGGGUGCGACAACAUCGACUAUAAGAUUAACUUCAUGACACAACUAUUGCGUCACGUGCAGCCGCUCGAUCCAAACAACUUGGUGCCCGCAUUCGAUUACGAAGGUGUCGCCAUGGGGUGUGACCACUCGGGCCGCGAAAAGGUGUUCAAAAUCUCAAACGAGUACGCGAGGUCGCACGGUGUAUCGGCCAAGUUGGGCGCGAGCAAGAAGCACCCGAGUAAAAACGACUCGGAGGGUGACGAUGAGGACGCCGGUGGUGAUCGUUAG